AUUUGCGAGCGAGGGUGGCCGUCUGUACGAUGACGGCCGAGUGCGGGGCCGCCUCCUCCUCGUCGCGUGCGAUGCGCCAGUGGGACUGCUGUGUCGAGUCGAUGACAUUCUAGGCGGCUGUGAGGUCCUCUCUGUAGCCGUACGUCUCACGGUACACACCACCAUCAGCAGCAGAGGGGGGCUGAUGGUUGCUGUGGCUGUCGUGAUGGUGCAGUAGCUGCGACAGACGAGCGCUCCUCUCGGCCAUGGCAGACGAGUACUCUGAGCGUGAGACACAACAAGGAGAGACAUGAUGUGAUGAGCCAUGAACGAGUGAGAUCGUUUUUGAUUGUCUCCUCUACCUCUCAGUGUGUCCUUGAUGGAUGAAUGUAGCUGCUCGAACCGUUCUUCAUGCAUGCCAGACGAGUGGCUGAGGGCCUGCAGCUGCUGCCGGCUGUUAGCGAGACGCUCCUUCCCUGCCUCGGCUUUCUUCUCCAGGGCUCGCAUGUUUCGCAAGCUGGCCAGCAUCUCAUUGUUGCGCUCAGCCAGUGAGUCAGAUGAGUCAUCGGCGCACCAGCACGACGUGGCGAACAGCGAGACCAGCAGCACCAGGGUCUUCAUGCUGUCACUGUCACUCUUCCUCACCAGACAGUUUGAGGCCACUUUGACGAGAAGCAGUGUUUGAAUUGAGGCAGUCCCUGCUUCUGUCAAACAGAGUUGGCUGAGGCCGUACACACAUACAUACAUGAAUGUACAAGUGUGUCUACUAUAUAUACGUGUGUGGUGCUUGUGCGUCUACUGCACGUGUGUGAUACUCGCCACUGGACCACAGACAGUGCAUGAAAACAACCACAAGUAAACACACACAACGCGCCCAAACUCGGCAUCUCAUCCUUCCCCUCCCGAGCUGCAGUGAGUGGAAACCAA